UUUCCUAAAACAAUAUAAACUACAUACAUCUAAAAACAAAUGCCUAAUUUCAUAUUUUGUACUACUCUGCAAAAACAUUCUUGUGCCAUUGUACAUUAUUAUGAAAUUGAAUAACAAAGUAUGAAUGUUGUGCUAUAGUGUGCUCCUGACGCAGAAGAAAUUUACCUUCCAUUAUAAAAAUGUGCGCUGGGCCCGUGGGAGACACGAGACUUACCUUUGUUUUGUGGUGAAAAGACGUAUUGGCCCUGACUCCCAAUCUUUUGACUUUGGACACCUGCGCAAUCGCUCCGGCUGCCAUGUAGAGCUGCUUUUCCUGCGCCAUUUGGGGGUGCUGUGUCCAGGACUGUGUGGUUCAAGUGUGGACGGUGCGAGGAUGUGUUACUCAGUGACCUGGUUCUGCUCCUGGUCGCCCUGCGUUAAAUGUUCCCGGCAACUUGCCCACUUCCUGUCGCAGACGCCCAACCUGCGACUGAGAAUCUUUGUGUCACGCCUGUAUUUCUGCGAUGAAGAGGAUAGCCAAGAAAGGGAAGGACUGCGAAACCUAAAGAGGGCAGGAGUGCAGAUCUCUGUGAUGACUUAUAAAGACUUUUUCUACUGCUGGCAAACAUUUGUUGCACGGAGAGAGAGACGUUUUAAAGCCUGGGAUGGCCUUCAGGAAAACUCUGUCAGACUUGUUCGAAAACUGAAUCGGAUCCUUCAGCCCUGUGAGACGGAGGAUCUGCGGGACUGUUUUACACUUCUUGGGCUUUGACCACAAAUAUUAAAU